UGCUGUUCCGGCUUUACUAUACAGCAAAAGGUUGCUCAUUGAUACGUUGCUCCAAAAUAUUGGUUACCAUCGGUAACAUUAAUUCAAGAGUAUAAAAAGAAGACUUGCCGUCAAAUCGGUAUAAACGAAGCAUUAUUACCGAGUCUAAUGACUGUGCAACGAAAAAAUACAUAACGAAUCUCGGUGACGAUAUUUUGAAGAAAUGGUUCGGAGCGGUGAAAAGGAGAGACAUCACAGAAGGAGAUCAAGGUCACGAUCUCGUUCUCGUUCGGGAACACCCGAAAAAAAGCGUAGACGUUCUCGUAGCAGAGAACGCGAACGUGAAAGAGAAAAAACUCGCCAUAGGGAACGAAGGAGUAGAUCGAGAGAAAGGGAACGUCCUGAGAGAAGGGAGAGAACUGAAAGGCACGCCGAAAGAGAGAGAAAAAGAGGGGACAGUAAAGAAAAAAGAGUACCUGGAUCUAAAUCCUCACGGUCUACCAAGGAAAGAGCAAACCGAUCGAGAUCAAGAGAGCGCAAAGAGAACAAAGAAAAGGGUGAGGAAGAGUUACCAUUUGAUCAUACGAAAUUGGACAAGGAAGCGGAGCAGAAGAGACUAGAGCUUGAGACUCAGAAGCGUAGGGAACGGAUUGAAAGGUGGCGGGCGGAGAGGAAAAAAAAAGAGCUUGAGGCAACAAAAAAAGAUGGCAAAGCUUCGAUUCUAGCAAAUUUACAAUUGCCCAUGAAAAAAUGGUCACUGGAGGAUGACAGUGACGAGGAAACACCGGUCGUCCCAACUGUAGGAGUCGUCAAGGAAAUCAAGGAAGAAGAGAGCGAGACCAAGAACGAAAUCGAGGAUGUCAAGGACGAGGUUGAAGAAGUUAAAAUUGUCGAGGAUGAGGACGAAGUUGAUCCUUUGGACGCUUUCAUGGCAGAGGUCCAAGAAGAAGUACGAAAGGUGAACAAGGUCGACAACAAAGGUACGAAAUCGGCGAACAACGGUACGGCGAUUAGUGGAGCGAAUCAAACGGGUGGUGUGACUAUCGUCACCGGCGUUGCGAAGAAAAAGGUACAGAAACAAAAGGGUGAAUUGAUAGAACAAAAUCAAGACGGGCUUGAGUAUUCGAGCGAGGAAGAAGGUGAGAACCUUCACGAGACUGCGGCUGGUAUAGCUAACAAACAAAAACGUGAGUUGGCCAAAGUCGAUCAUACCACGACGGAAUAUCAAUCGUUCAGGAAAUCAUUUUAUGUCGAAGUACCGGAAAUAGCUCGUAUGACGCCGGAAGAGGUCGAUAUCUAUAAAGAAGAGCUCGAGGGGAUCAGAGUCAAGGGUAAAGGGUGUCCAAAACCAAUUAAAUCUUGGGCUCAAUGCGGCGUGACGAAAAAAGAACUCGAAGUGUUGAAAAAAUUGGGUUACGAAAAGCCGACGCCUAUACAGUGUCAAGCGAUACCGGCGAUAAUGUCCGGUAGAGAUUUGAUCGGUAUAGCCAAAACCGGGAGUGGCAAAACAUUAGCAUUUUUGUUACCGAUGUUUCGUCACAUACUCGAUCAGAGCCCAUUGGUCGACGGAGACGGUCCAAUAGCGUUGAUAAUGACGCCUACGCGUGAGCUUUGUAUGCAGAUCGGUAGGGAUUCGAAAAAGUUUACAAAAUCUUUGGGAUUGUCGCACGUUUGCGUUUACGGUGGUACCGGGAUAUCCGAACAAAUAGCCGAACUGAAACGUGGCGCCGAAAUAAUCGUGUGCACACCGGGAAGAAUGAUCGACAUGCUGGCAGCGAACAGCGGCCGAGUAACGAAUCUUCGUCGAGUAACAUACGUAGUUUUGGACGAAGCCGAUCGCAUGUUUGACAUGGGUUUCGAGCCUCAGGUGAUGAGAAUAAUGGAGAACGUACGACCGGAUCGUCAGACAGUGUUGUUUAGCGCAACAUUCCCGCGUCAAAUGGAAGCACUCGCACGAAGGAUCCUCACGAGACCGGUGGAGGUUCAAGUCGGUGGUCGUUCGGUCGUUUGCAAAGAGGUUGAGCAGCACGUAGUUGUCCUCGAGGAGGAUCAGAAGUUCUACAAAUUAUUGGAAAUUCUCGGUCAUUAUCAGGACAAAGGAUCGACGAUAAUAUUCGUUGAUAAACAGGAGAACGCCGAUACGCUUCUGAAAGACUUGAUGAAAGCUUCGUACUCGUGCAUGUCUCUGCACGGUGGAAUCGAUCAGUGCGAUCGAGAUUCUACGAUGAUAGAUUUCAAAGCCGGUCGAACGAAAAUCCUCGUUGCUACGUCAGUCGCAGCGAGAGGGCUCGACGUUAAGCAACUCGUUCUUGUCGUAAAUUACGACUGCCCCAAUCAUUACGAGGAUUACGUUCAUCGCUGCGGUAGAACCGGACGCGCUGGUAACAAAGGAUACGCGUAUACUUUCAUAACGCCCGAACAAGAACGUUAUUCCGGGGACAUACUCCGGGCUCACGAGUUGGCCGGCGUUGUCGUGCCCGAGCCGUUGAGGCAGCUUUGGGAAGGUUACAAAGCUCGCCAGGCAGCCGACGGCAAAAAAGUACACACGGGUGGUGGAUUUUCUGGUAAAGGUUUCAAAUUCGAUGAAUCCGAAGCUGCCCUUGCCAACGAGAAAAAGAAAUUCCAAAAAGCUGCGCUCGGCCUUCAAGACUCCGAUGACGAGGACAUCGAGAACGAUAUCGAUCAACAGAUCGAAAGCAUGCUCGCACCGAAAAGAACCGUCCGCGAAAUCGCGAGACCCUCGGCGACCGGGAACUUGAGUACCGCUGCCACCACCGCCGCUACUACCGUUCCCGGUCAACCGGUCGCUAGCGCCACUGAUAAACUCGAAUUGGCUCGUAGAUUGGCUUCUAAAAUAAAUAUUGCGAAAAAUUUGGGCGCCGAGGCUAAAGGCGCUACGCAACAGGCUGCCGAGGCUAUUCUCAAGGGCGCUGGCCCUACUAAUCUUAUUACGGUAAUAGCCUCAUCAUUAUUCUCGACAAACUUUGAAAAGCUGCCAAUGGAAUUCCCUCAUUCGGCGAAAACGGUAGCUGAGCAACUGGCAGCGAAGUUGAAUACGAAAUUGAAUUAUCAGCCGAGAGAGGAAGAUCUUGUCGAGGGUGAGGGUGAAGCGGGCGAGCAAACGUUCAGAAAGUACGAGGAAGAAUUGGAAAUAAACGAUUUCCCGCAGCAAGCAAGAUGGCGAGUUACGAGCAAAGAAGCGCUCGCUCAGAUCUCGGAAUAUUCGGAGGCUGGAUUAACCGUUCGAGGAACUUACAUAGCAACGGGUAAAACGCCACCGGAAGGCGAGAGAAAAUUGUACCUCGCUAUCGAAUCGACCAGUGAAUUGGCAGUCAGUAAAGCGAAGGCCGAAGUCUCGAGACUUAUAAAAGAGGAACUUAUCAAAUUACAAGCGUCGGGCACACACGCCGGUUCACGUGCGCGCUACAAAGUUUUGUAAAAAUCAUCAUCUGCAUAAUUGAAAGUCAAGAAGCGAAAUGACGCUCUUCUUUUCAUGUAUACUAAUAAUAAGGAUUCUUCUUCUAUUUUA